AUGAUGAACGACCCUUUCCCGCCAGAAGCGGCGUACUUUCCGGCAAGGGACCGCGGCGCCGCGGAAUACAUGAACGUCGACGAGCCCGCGCGCUUCGGGCCGACCUCCCCCUGGAAUUUUGGCGCCGCCGCUCCCGCCGCUGCGAGAGCGGACACGAAGGCGUUUGCGCCGCCGGCGGCGCCGGCGGCCAACCGGCGGGUCCGGGCAACCAGCGCGACGCUUCCGGCGGCGUUCGGAGGGGAGAAGGGGGCGGCGGAGUGGGUGGAUUGGUCGAAUGUGGAUUGCGCGUUCCGCCCCGACGGGCUCAUGCAGGCGCGCGCCGCCAUGAUCGAGCAGUGCCGGCAGAACUCUCGGCGCGCGGCGAUGGGCGCUUCGGUUCGUGCAGGCGUGCGCAGGUUCGUGCAGGCGUGCGCAGUGCAGGCGCGCGCGGGGAGGCGCGAGGCUGGAGUUUCCCUUGGUGGCGUGCGGGGGAAAGGGGAGGGGCGGCACCCGCUGCUGGCGGGAGUGAGUGGUGAAGAGCAGGAGACUGCUCGCCGAGUGCUAGAGCUGGCCAAUCGUGCCCUCACCUCCUAUUCAGUGCUGCACUCCGCUUUCCUCUCCCCAGCCUCUCAAGCCGCCAUCAUGCCCAUCCUUUCCAACAUGGCUGACGUCACUGCCAUCCUCUCAGGCGGUUACUUUCAGGCAGAGCGGUGCAGAAUUUCAGUGGGACCCGCAGAGCUGAUGGCAGCAGAGGGAGUGGGUGCAGACGCUGCUGAUGCUGAUGCAAUACCAGCGCUGGCAGCUGGGUUCCCAGGCGCCGUUGCGGCAGUGAGGGUAUCAGGCGCGUUCAAGCAAACAUCAGUGUCACACGGUGAUUUCUUGGGAGCAGUGCUCGGUACGGGGAUCACAAGAGACAAAGUUGGUGACGUCAUUCUGCUGGAGGGCGAGGGAGCACAGGUCAUAAUCGCUCCGGACCUUCAAGAAUUCCUGCUCUCAGCACUCACCGCGGUGCACCGCGUGCCAGUGACUGUGCACCCGAUUUCUCUCUCCGACCUCUCAGUUUCCCCUCCCAGAAUCGACACGCUUCGCACGGUGGAAGCUUCCUUGCGUCUGGACGCCGUCGCCAGUGCCGCCUUCCGCCUCUCCCGCUCCAAGUUCACCGACCUCAUAGCCAAGGGCGAUGUGCGAGUGAAUUGGAGAGAGGCGAGUAAAUCAGGAGUGCUGCUCAAGAGUGGUGAUGUGGUGUCGGUGCGGGGGAAGGGGAGAUGCAAGGUGAGGAGGGGAGAGAUAAAAGGCGAGGAGGGGAGAGAUAAAAGGCGAGGAGGGGAGAGAUAA